GGCAUGCCUGGAGCACGCGCACAGGCCCCAUCCAUAUUCACUCUCUCUCUCUCUUUUCCAUUUUUGCACAUUUCCCUCAUAUCACAAUGCCAUAAACAUUCAAUGCACAAUGCCUCUCCUCCUCCUCCUAUCUUUAUUUCUAUUGUUACAGAGAGGGAGAGACUGCACAAUUUCACCAAACCCUAGAGAGAAAAGAGAGAAGAGAGAAGGGGUUAUCCAUUUGAGGCCUUAAUCUCUUAAGCUCCAUAACAGAAAACGGGUCCUUCCACUCUUUGAUACACAGAUACAGAGAAAGGCGGAUUCUGCUUUCUCUUGGAAAUGGAUAUCGCAGAAGACAGGAUAAGCGAACUCCCAACAGAGAUUAUUCUCAUGAUUCUCUCUGCGCUAACGAUCAGAGAGGCUGCACGGACAUCCGUCCUCUCUCGCAGGUGGAGGUCUGCUUGGACCUCGACUCCUGUUCUCAAUAUCUGCUUGGAUUCACUACAAUCAUUCUCAUGCAACUGGGCCAAUAUAGUCGAUUCAGUCCUCUCUCGCCAUCAUGGACCCAUUUCCACAUUUUGGCUGGAUAGAAUGAUUUGGUGUAGUAGCGAAGAUCUCAAUCGGUGGCUCUCUAUGCUAUCCAGUCGAGUGAUCGAAGAUCUGGUCAUUGACUUUUAUGACCAAUAUGUGCCAUACACAGUUCACCCUAGUUUCUUUUCUUGCUCAACUUUGGUAUCUGUAGAAUUAAGUUCAUGCAGGCUCGAGAUGCCCACUGAUUUCAAUGGAUUUAGGUUUCUCAAACUUCUCUCUCUGAAAACUGUGACUCUCACUGAUACUAUACUUCAGGCCAUAGUUUCCCAGAGUGAAAGAUUGGAAGAUCUGACCCUGAUUGAUUGCGAGGGACUGAGUAAAAUCAAAAUCGUGGCCUCGAACCUCUUUAAUUUCCAUCUAUUUGGUGUAUUUACUGAAGUUGAUUUAAGUGGGAGUUUGAACCUCAAGGAUCUUUUUAUUAAUUGGGAUGAUGAUGAAAAUGGGGUUUGGCCACUCAGACAGAUUAUCAUGGGUCUCACUAAAUUGGAAUCUCUGAGCGUCACUGGUUUUCUUCUACAUAGCUUUUAUGAGAAGUCAGCUAAUGGAGGGAAUGGUGGGUUAUCUACAACGUAUAAUUCUCUGCUGACAUUCGAGAUACAUUUAAAUUGUCUGGAAGUAUCAGAGAUCAUGGGUUUGGUUUGUCUGUUGAAGAAGUUCCCAAAUCUAAAUUCUCUUUGCAUUAAGGAUCUUGAGAAGGAGCUAAAACCUGAGGGAAAAUUGACUAAGAGGAACUUGGAGGCGUUGAAUUCUGAUGCUAGGUCUUGCUUGGCUCACGUCAAAAAAUUAGAGCUAGAAAUAGCUCCUUACUGUGAUGAAACUCUUGAAAUAAUUGAGUUUUUUCUGUUGAAUGCUGGGGUAUUGGAUUUGCUUUUGAUCAUUAUCUGGAGUCUUGAGGAUCAAGAGGAGAGAUCAAAGAUAGAGGAGCGGUUGAAUUCGUUUCCUAGAGCUUCUUCUCAGGCUAAGAUCGUGGUUGCUGAGAUUUGUUAAAAUAUCACAUAUUUAAAUUACUAUGUUGGUUACUGGAUAUUUCUUGAUGGAAACUUGUUUUCUUUUCUUUGGGUAAGCGGAAGACACUUAUUCAAGUGGCAGUAUACAUUUUUUUAAUCUUGAUGUUUUCUCUAUCGAAAUUUUGAUGCCUUUGAAGGACAU